AUGGGCGAUUCUCUGUUUCACAAUUCAUCAGCUGCUCCAGAUGAUGAAUACGAUUACUUAAUAAAACUGCUAGCUCUUGGUGAUAGCAAUGUUGGAAAGACAAGUUUAUUGUAUCAAUAUACUGAUAAUAUUUUUAAUCCAAGAUUUACAACAACUGUUGGUGUAGAUUUUCGUCAGAAAAGAUUAGUUCGAGAAAGUCGUGAUUCUGAAGGUCUAUUAGGACCAAAACAACGUUUACAUUUACAACUAUGGGAUACAGCAGGACAAGAACGUUAUCGAAGCUUGUGUACUGUGUUCUUACGUGAUGCAAUGGGAUUUCUACUUGUCUUCGAUUUGACCAAUGAAAAUAGUCUACAAAAUUGUCGUGAAUGGAUGAAUUUAUUAUGUCAACAUGCUUAUUGUGAUCGUCCAGAUGUAGUUCUAGUUGGAAAUAAAUUCGAUCUCACAUCUGAACGUCAAGUAUCCAUGUCUGCCGCAAAUGCAAUGGCUCGUGAACUAGAUAUACCAUAUAUAGAGACAAGUGCAGCAACUGGUUAUCAAGUCACAGCUGCAGUGGAUCGUCUUCUAGAUCUGGUCAUGACCAGAAUCGAGGCAUCAGUAACAAAAGCACGUAUACACGGGAAUACGGAAGGUACAGCUAAUUUGAAAAAGUCUACAUCUUCCAAAUCGAAUUGUGCUUGUUAG